AUGGGUGUCGCAAAGUAUAUAGAAUGGAGUCUAGGGCAACUCUUCUCCGGGGUCCGAGGCCACGACGACAAACUCGUCACGAAAAGCGACCUGUUCACAGACGUCCCGCAGAACAUCCACGUCGACUCCCCCGAAGUCGGACCGUCAGGCUCGCACAUGACUCUGAAGCACUCCUUGCUCGGCGACAACAAGUUCCCGCACCUGAAAUGGACGCUGGCGAGCGACGCCGGCAUUUCCCAGUCCGACAUCAAGGAAUACCUUCUGUUCGUGGAGGAUCCGGACGCACCUAUUCCCACACCAGGCACCCAUGCCGUGUAUUACGCGAUCCCGCCCACCAAGAUGGAAAUUAGGCCUGAGGACAUUGAUUCUGACACCAGCCAGGGCAAAGGUGCGGGCGGAGAGAAAUGGCUGAAGGGCGGCUUCCGACUCGGGAAGAAUUUAAGAGGUACGCUGUAUACCGGCCCCAGGCCUGUCCUCGGGCACGGCGAGCACCGGUACUUCUUCGAGGUGGUGGCCUUGAAGGAAAAAAUCAAUACUGCGGAGAUGAGCCCGUUGGCGACAAAGGGGGAAGUGAUGCAGCAGAUCAGGGGUAAAAUCAUCGGCUGGGGAGUCUGGGUCGGGAGAUACGAGAACAAGUGGUCAUAG